CGCCGCCCUCGCCCGGGGACCCGCAGCGGCCAAGCGCUCAGGGCUGGGGACGGAGACACCGGGCACCGCGGGUCCGUGAGUUAACCUCUCGUUGGGGCGCUCGCCAGAUACUUUGGUGCUGGCAGGUGCGCGGCGAGUGCACGGAGCAGGCGAUGGCGCCCAGCGCGACGGGGUAGUGCCGGCGAGGCUGCUGGGUCCCGGCGCGCAGGCCCGCCUUCCUCCCAGACCGCGGCGCGGGUCCGGGUCCUUGCAGGCAGCAAUGGGGCUCCUGCGGCUGCUGGUCUUGGCAGUGCUGGCAUCGGAACGCAGUACGGCUGGAGGAGCUGAGACGGUCGGCAACUCUAGCCAGGCUCCCGAUUGCGAAGCUUGGAGAAGAAUUAAGCUUUAUGAUUGAUGGUCCUCCAAGCUGCAUUGGUUUUGCAUUCAGAAAUCGUGACGCUUUUCAAAUUGAUUGAUGUCCUGCGGAGUUUGAGAAAAAAAUGACCCCAGAAUGAGACUUUAGAUGGUUUUCUUGAAUUUUCUGUGGGGAAAUUCAGAUACUUCGAGCUCAACAGGCUAUUUCCAGAGGAAGCUAUUUUGCGUCAUAUUUCAAGUAAUGUGACUUUCCUUAUUUUCCAAAUACACUCACAGUAUCGGAAUACAACACUUUCUUUUUCUCAGCCUCUGGCAACUACUGUUCUACUCUCAACUUCUGUGAAAUCAACUGUUUGAGAUUCUGUAUGUGAGUGAGAUCAUUUGACUCUCCUUCCCAAUACCUCAGGAACAGGCAAUGACAAAGGACUGGUUUUUAUUCUUAGACCAGAGCAGAGUAUGUGCACUUGGUAUUUGGAAACUACAGAUGCUGAGCCUGUUCAAAAUGUGGCCAUUCCACUCUCUUACUCAGAAAGAGAUCCUAUCCCUGGAGGCUGUAAUUUGGAGUUUGACUUAGACAUUGAUCCCAACAUUUACUUGGAAUAUAAUUUCUUUGAAACGACUAUUGAGUUUGCCCCUGCAAACCUAGGCUAUGCAAGAGGUGCACAUCCUCCACCAUGUGACGUGGGAACAGGCCGGGACUUUAGGUGGAGGUUGCAGUAUGAUGUGUAUCAGUAUUUCCUGCCUGAGAAUGACCUCACUGAGGACAUGUUGCUCCAGCACAUGCAGAGGAUGGUCCAGGUGCCCGAGGUGAAGGCCAAUGCUGUCAAGCUGGUGACUCUAACAGCUGAUGAUAAGACAAGAGUUUCCUUCUCCUCCCUGCGGGGUCAAGGAGUUAUUUAUAAUGUCAUCGUUCGGGAUCCAUUCUUGAAUACAUCUGCUGCUUAUGUUCCUGCUCACACAUACGCUUGCAGCUUUGAGGCAGUGGAGGGUAAUUGUGCUUCCCUUGGAAGAGUAUCUACCAAAGUGUUCUUUACUCUUUUUGCAAUGCUUGGUCUCUUCAUUUGUUUCUUUGGACAUAGAUUCUGGAAAACAGAAUUAUUCUUCAUAGGCUUUAUCUUCAUGGGAUUCUUCUUUUAUAUAUUAGUCACAAGGCUGACACCUGUUAAGUAUGAUGUUCGCCUGAUCCUAACAGCUGUAGCUGGAACCAUUGGUGGGAUUUUCUUGGUGGCUACAUGGUGGCGAUUUGGAGUCCUCCUGCUGUGCAUGCUGUAUGUUGGACUGGUGCUGGGGUUCCUCACUGCCUCAGUGACUUUCUUCACUCCGAUGGGAAACAUAAAGGUUUUUCGUGACGAUGGUGUGUUCUGGGUGACCUUCUCUUGUAUAGCUGUCCUCAUUCCAGUAGUUUUCAUGGGCUGCCUAAGAAUACUGAACAUCCUGUCUUGUGGCAUUAUUGGCUCCUACGCGGUGGUUUUGGCCAUUGACAGUUACAUGUCCACAAGCCUUUCUUACAUCACUUUGAAUGUACUCAGGAGAGCACUCCACACAGAUUUCCACAGAGCUUUCACAAAUGUGCCUUUUCAAAAUAAUGACUUCAUUAUUCUGGCAGUAUGGGGUAUGCUGGCUGUAAGUGGAAUUACAUUACAGAUUCGAAGAGAAAGAAGGCGACCAUUUUUCCCUCCCCACCCAUACAAGAUGUGGAAACAAGAGAGAGAGCGCAGAGUAACGAACAUUCUGGAUCCAAGCUACCAUAUUCCUCCACUGAGAGAGAGGCUCUAUGGCCGGUUAACCCAGAUAAAAGAGCUUUUCCAGGAAGAACAGCCGGCUGGAGAGAGGACGCCCCUCCUUCUAUAGAUGGCAUGGGCUUAGUCAGUCUGCCUCAGCUCUGGAAUUCAUGUCCAGACUGCUUCAGCCACCCCUGGUGCCCGCCUAAUAUGGAACAGCUCUGCAUGAGAUCAUGGUGUCCUUUUUGACGUGUAGUAAGGGUACACUAGGGAGUUAGGAUGAUUCUAAGUGAGAGAAUGAGAAGCAUAACUGAACAGUUGUGGUAGGGAGGCUUUUCCUUAUUUUCCAAUACUUGGGAAAUUAAUUUCUGGUUUAUACGUAUAUGAUCAACCUAUUCCAUUUAAAUAGGUUCAUCAAAAAAUAUAAAAAUAAAAAACCGUGAUUCUUCUGAAAAGCCCUCGUGUUUCUUUUUAUAACUCCUUGAAUAAUUUUCUCCUCUGAGUCUGUCUAAACUUGGGGAGGGGGAGUUAUUUAAAUAUUCAAUCUUUAUUCACCCCUUUGUUUAGAGGUUUAGGGAUCUGAUACUGAGUUCCCAAAUGUCAGAAUAUAGAGAGAAGUAACUCAUUUUCUUAUUAAAAGCCAUCUGACUACAAA